AUGGCCGAAGAUGAAGAAUAUGGGGAUGAUGAGUACUUAGAGGAAUUUUCGGAGGAGGGUAUAGAGCACCUCGAAAAGGAACGCAGGGAAGAGAUGGCCAAGUUUAAGAGCGAGUUGAAGGUGGGCAAGACCAAAGUAAAGUUUGGGGACUUUGACGAAGUUAAUGACAUGGAAUUCUCGGCCACUAGGAAUUCUUUGGCUGCUAGGAAUUCUCGGCCGCUAGGAAUUGCGCCACUAGGAAUUCUCGGCGCUAGGGAAUUCUUGGCUGCUAGGAAUUCCUCCUUGGCAAGUGCGGAAGCGCGUGCGGAGAGGUUAGUAUAUUUUUAA